GUUGUCUGCCGCCCGCGCCGUCCGCCACUCGUUCCCCUGCCGUCCCUGCGGACGCUGCCGCUCCCGCCGCCAUGCUGCCGCUGUUCAGCGUCGUCUCCCUCUCCCUACUGGCGUGUGUCGCCGGCCGGCGCUCGCCGCCGCUGCUGAUGGCACCGCCGCACGUCGGCGACGACCCGCUGCCUCCCGACCAGUGGUACACGCAGCAGCUGGACCACUUUGACGCCAGCGAGACGCGCACCUGGCAGCAGCGCUACCAGGUUAACGACUCGUUCUACCAUCCCGGCGGACCAGUGUUUCUCAUGAUCGGCGGCGAGGGACCGGCCAGCGCUGUAUGGUUGGUGUCUGGAACUUGGAUCGACUACGCCCAGCAGUACGGCGCCCUCUGUUUCCAGCUGGAACAUCGCUUCUACGGCGAUAGCCUGCCCACGGAGGAUAUGAGUGUAGAAAACUUGCGCUACCUGAGCUCGGAGCAGGCGCUGGCCGAUCUGGCCGCGUUCACAGCCGCCAUGACCGAGCAGUACGCGCUGCCCGAAGGCACCAAGUGGGUGUCUUUCGGAGGCUCCUACCCGGGCAGUCUGUCCGCCUGGUAUCGACUGAAAUACCCGCACAUGGUGCACGCGGCAGUCUCCACCAGCGCCCCGCUGCUCGCAAAGACCAACUUCUUCGAGUAUCUCGAGGUGGUCAACUAUGCCAUCCACGCCAAGUCGGGCGACGAGUGCUACGGCAACGUCGAGCUGUCGUUCCAGGCGGUGGAGGACCUCCUGCAGGAUGCCGCCGGCUGGGCCACGCUCACCGACAAGUUCAAGCUCUGCUCCAGUCUGGACGGAACCAACUCGAACGACGUCUCCAACCUGAUGCAGAACCUGGCCGACCUCUGGAGCGGCGUGGUCCAGUACAACGAGGACAACUUCGGCUUCCGCGGCGGCAGCAAGCUGGCCAACAUCACCAUCAACACGCUCUGCGACAUUAUGAACGACGCCGACACCGGCUCGCCGCUCGACAGACUUGUCGCCAUCAACGACCUCAUGAUGGACGCCUACGAGGAGACGUGCCUCGACUUCAGCUACGACAGCAUGAUCGCCGCCAUGCGCGACACCGACUUCAGCAGCGCCAACAACACAGGCAUGCGCCAGUGGAUCUACCAGACGUGCACCGAGUUCGGGUGGUACCAGACUACCGAGUCGGCCGACCAGCCGUUCGGGAGCCGCCUGCCGCUGCCCUUCUCCAUUCAGCAGUGUGUCGACGUGUACGGCGCCCAGUUCGAGCAGACCUUCAUUGACGCCGCCGUGGCGGCCACCAACACCGACUAUGGCGCUCGCCAGCUGCCCGCCAAGCGCGUCGUGCUCGUCAACGGCAGCAUCGACCCGUGGCACGCCAUGGGCAUCAUCGAGAGCUCCGACCCGGACCGGCCGGCCAUCUUCAUCAACGGCACGGCUCACUGUGCCAACAUGUACCCGGCGCGGGAGGAGGACCUGCCCGGGCUAACGGCGGCGCGCCAGCAGAUCGGCGAGCUCAUCGGAAAGUGGCUUCAGGAGGACUGAGCCUCAGAGGGCUGAACGUCGCAGGACAACACUGGGGAGUCGCACGGUUGCCGAGGGAGGGGGCACGCCUGUCAGCUCACAUAGUCGCCUGAUGUGUCCAUCCGUCAAACAAAAACUGCCUCAAUUAUAAUCCAACCUCAACCGACCUAAAUACAGAACGGGGCGCAUUAAUUAUACAACGAUGUUUUACUGAUAGUGAUUUUUCUUGGUCAAGCAUGUCUGUGUUAUAUGGAACGAAGUCCAUGUAUAUGAUUUCCUCGGUCCAGCAUUUCUGUUUUAUGGAACGAAGCUCAUGUAAAUACAUUUA